AUGAGCGGGCCGCCUCCGCCUCCGCCUCCUCAUGGCGGAGUGCCGAAGGGCUCUGGCUUGCCUCCGGGCAAGUAUGACAUUUUCGUCAUCCCUGAACACUCCUCCGGCUCCGGAUUCCUAUACCUACCGUCCAUGAGACCCAACGUCAACAGUUUUGCAGCCGGCUUCGCUUCAGCAUUGAUCCUCGUUGUUCUUGGCCAGACCCUGGCUCCGGCUUUCCGUACGUGGUGGGAUGGCUUCCAAGGUCUGGGUAACGUGGCCAUGUCCUUGUUGGUGAUCGGGGUUGGCUUUGGCGCGUGGAGUCUGGGUCGAUUCCAAAACCAAGAUAAGAAUGGCUCUGGUAAUGGCUCUGGCAACGACAAGUCUGGAGCGGGAGGAUGGGGCCCAUACCGUUCAACGAAUGGUUCAACCAAUGCUGGAGCCCCCCCUCCUCCUCCCCCUCACAGCACCCCUCCGCCUCCGCCUCCACACAGUGAUCCUCCUCCUCGGCAACCUCAAGGUGAUGGCCCAAGAACGUCGUGGCAAGGAUCACCACCUUCGGAUCCUCCGCCGCGUCGUCCUCGACCUGAGUCUCAAAGGCCAUCGCCACCACAAGAGGAGAAGCGGACAACUCCUCCACCGCGACAUGAUCCUCAACCACCACCUCCUCCUACACCACAUGCUGAUACGGAGUCGCGUCGACCAUCCGCCCAGGCUCGGCCUCCACCACCCCAAACGCCUCCCGAAACACCUCCUCGGAAACAUAAGCAUCGACGGAAGGCCCCCUCGACUGAGGUCCGAUCAGAGAGUCCUCCUCCCAAGUCCAAGCGUAAACCAAAACGCGAGUCAUCGCCUCCCCCCAAGCCCAAGGCAGAACCUGAGCCUGCUCCUAAACCUCAGCCUGAGCCUGAGUCAACUCCACCUCCCAAGCCUGAACCAGAACUUGAGCCAGCUUCGGUCCCUCAAUCAAAACCCGAGCCAAAGCCUGAGCCAAUGCCUGAGGUCAAGCCUGAGCCCAAACCGGAACCAAAGCCUGAACCAAAGCCCGAGCCUGAGCCGGAACCGGCCCCCAAGCCCGCCCAAACCGAGACACCUAAACAAAAGGGUUCAUGGGAAAAGGCUCGUGACGAGAUGAGGAAACGGGAAGAGGAGCGCAAGGCCAAGGAGGCAGAGCAAAAACGACGAGAGGACGCGGCAAGACGACUGGCCGAACUACGAGCCAAGGAUGCCAAGGAACGCCAGGAGCGUGAAAAAGAACGCGAACGAAAGGAACGCGAAGCCAGGGAGCGCAAGGAACGCCUUGAAACUGAGCAGCUAGCUAGGGACUUAGCUGCAAAGUUGGAACAUGAGCGGAAAGAACGCGAGCGCUUAGAGAAAGAGGCCAAGGAAGCCCGUGAGAGAGAAGAGCGGCGAGAACGAGAAGCUCGUGAGGUCGAAGAACGAAAGAGAAAGGAAGCCGAAGAGCGCGAAGCACGACGAAAGAAGUACGCCGCAGAACGGGAUGCCCAAAGGAAGAAGGAGGCCGAGGAGGCCAGACUUCGAGAAGAGCAGAAGAAACAGAAAGAUCUUGAAAAGGAGAAGGAACUAGAGCUGCAGAAACAGAAGGAAAAGGACGAGUUGGAGAAGCAGCGCGAGAAGGAGAGAGCUGAGAAGGAGCGCACUGAGAGAGAACGUGCUGAGAGGAUGGAAAAGGCUCGAAUCGCCAGGGAGAGUCUCGAGAAGGAGAGGUUGGAGAGGGAAAGGCUCGAAAAGGAGAAGGCUGAGAAGGAAAAGGCGGAGCGGGAGAAGGCUGAACAGGAAGCUACGCCAUCCCGUCAGGGAACCAGCUAUGCCUACUCAGGCGUGGGUGAGAGAAUGAGCAUGUGGCCAAACGGCAAACCGCCUGCUGCACCUCGCUCAACCACCUCAACAGCUUCCAGGCAGCCUCCUCCCAGCUCGGCCGCUUCAUCUCAACGAACGGCCACUCCCGCCGCUGCCAAGUCUAACAUUUCGGGCGUCAGCACGGAGACUGGUCACCGGCCGUAUGACAAGGCCAAGCCGCAGCACAAGAGGUCAGCGUCGUCGAUUGGGUCAGAAUCGUCAUGGGCUGCGUCUCAGACGACGUCCCGAACAUCGCCGCCUCCUUCAGUGCGCAGCGGUCCUUACUCCACCAAGGACCCUGACAAGAUUGUCAUUUCAGGUGUCUACCUGUUCAUGAACCAGUUCUCCAAGAUGCCCGCCAGCCAGCUCAUCUCAGGAGUUGGAACCGUCACUGACGGACUGAUUCUCCGCAUCACGACUGAGGGCCUCUUCAUCGAUGACGAUGUUCGGAGCGUUCCUCAGCGAGAAUGGGACGUAAAGGCCUGGACGUUGAAACAAGUCGAGGUAUGGUGCCCCCCGCAUUGCUUUAAUUCGCCGUCUGCUUCCUCCCCCGCCCCCGACAAGAAAACGAACCCCUUCCUUCACAAAACGGCCGCUUCUCGAACCCGCGACCCUGGUGCGACCAAAGCCUUUACUGGCGACGAAGCCGAUGUGUACUUGUCCGAGAUGUUGCGCGCGUGCAAAACUUGUUGUCGUCUUGGUUUAUGCGAUCGAACUUUCCGAGAUGCUAACAUUCCUUCUUCGACUGGCCAGACUGGAGAGUGGAAAUCUAAAGGCCUGCACCUGCUACGGGCCUCAGUUCGAGAUCAGGAGGGCAAGCGAUAUGUGUUUGUCAUCGAUGAGUCGGAGGCCUGGAAGAUGUCGGUCGGACUGCAGCGUCUCCGUCGCGGAAGCCAGGUCCGACAGCUCGCCGUCAGCGGCAUGGCGGCGGCGGACGCUCGAGGGACUCUUGAGAUGCUGGGUUGGGCCGACUGA